UUUUAGAUUCUUGGACACACUGAAGGAGUGGGUAUUUUGGCCUAUGUUGGCUGCCACAAUUGGAAGUUUAAUAAUGUUACUGAGCUAUAUUUACUUCAUUUUAGCUCAAGCAUCAUUAGAAGCUUUUCCUAGAGUGGCAAGCUUAACUGCUAUCAGUGUAUUCUCUCUUUCUUUGUAUGCAAUUUGUGGACAAGGACUUGUAGAUCAGUGUGAAAAUGUUAACAGUUCGCUCUACUCCUUACCAUGGUAUAAAUACAGCAAGAAGAAUUGUGAACUUCUGAGACUUUUUAUGGUAGCUACAAGUAAACCGUUGUAUCUAAGUCUUCUUGGUUUCAUUGACCUUAACUCAAUAAUGGUCAUGAAGGUUUAUAAAUUUUUAGUUUCGUCACUUGCUGCAGUCCAACAAAUCGUUGCUCUCAGAAAAAAGGAUGAAUGAAUCUUGCACCCGCUUUCAAAGUACAUUAUUUGAAAAAUAAUAUGAGUGUACCCGCUGUUCUAUUAAAAUUGCACGAAUGAA